CUGAUCUCCGGGCUCUUAAGCCAGGGGGCAGGGGACGCGCCGCAGCGACUCCUUAGGCUCUUGAGAGUGGACUGGCCCCGCCACCACGAUGCCCGGAGCUGCAGGGGUCCUACUGCUCCUGCUGCUCUCCGGGGAUCUCGGGGGCGCUCAGGGGCCGGGGUCCCUACAGCGGAGGCAGCCCCAGGCACACCAGCAAAGAGGUUUAUUCCCCGCUGUCCUGAAUCUUGCUUCCAAUGCACUCAUCACAACCAACGCAACAUGUGGAGAAAGAGGACCUGAAAUGUACUGCAAGCUGGUGGAGCACGUCCCUGGGCAGCCUGUGAGGAACCCCCAGUGUCGGAUCUGCAAUCAAAACAGCAGCAAUCCGUACCAGAGACACCCUAUUACAAAUGCCAUUGAUGGCAAGAACACUUGGUGGCAGAGCCCCAGUAUAAAGAACGGGAUCGAAUACCAUUAUGUGACAAUAACCCUGGACUUACAGCAGGUGUUCCAGAUCGCCUAUGUUAUCGUGAAAGCAGCCAACUCCCCUCGGCCCGGAAACUGGAUUUUGGAGCGCUCGCUGGACAAUGUGGAGUACAAACCCUGGCAGUACCAUGCCGUGACUGACACCGAGUGCCUGAACCGCUACGGCAUUUAUCCCCGCACCGGUCCCCCGUUCUAUGCCAAAGAUGAUGAGGUCAUCUGUACUUCCUUCUAUUCCAAGAUCCACCCGUUAGAAAACGGAGAGAUUCACAUUUCUUUGAUCAACGGGAGACCAAGUGCUGACGAUCCUUCUCCUGAACUGCUGGAAUUCACCUCUGCCCGCUACAUUCGGCUGCGAUUUCAGAGGAUCCGCACCUUGAAUGCCGACUUGAUGAUGUUUGCUCACAAAGAUCCAAGAGAAAUUGACCCCAUUGUCACCAGGAGAUAUUACUACUCUGUCAAGGAUAUUUCGGUUGGAGGGAUGUGCAUCUGCUAUGGUCAUGCCAGGGCUUGUCCGCUUGAUCCAGCCACAAAUAAAUCACGCUGUGAGUGCGAGCACAACACCUGCGGUGACAGCUGUGACCAGUGCUGCCCAGGGUUCCACCAGAAGCCGUGGCGAGCCGGCACCUUCCUGACGAAGACGGAAUGUGAACCAUGCAAUUGCCAUGGAAAAGCUGAAGGAUGCUAUUACGAUGAAAACGUAGCCAGAAGGAAUCUGAGUUUGAAUAUCCACGGGAAGUACAUCGGAGGGGGCGUGUGCAUUAACUGCUCGCAGAACACGGCCGGUAUCAACUGCGAGACGUGUACUGAUGGCUACUUCCGGCCCAAAGGGGUGUCACCAAAUUAUCCGAGCCCGUGCCAGCCUUGUUACUGCGAUCCAGUGGGCUCCUUAAGUAAAGUCUGCGUCAAGGACGAGAAACACGCCCGCCGAGGUUUGGCACCUGGAUCCUGUCAUUGCAAAGCUGGCUUUGGAGGGGUGAGCUGUGACCGCUGUGCUAGGGGUUACACCGGCUAUCCAGACUGCCAACCCUGCAACUGCAGUGGCUCAGGGAGCACAAAUGUGGACCCUUGUUUUGGGCCGUGUACCUGCAAGGAGAAUGUUGAAGGAGGAGACUGCAGUCGAUGCAAAUCUGGAUUCUUCAAUUUGCAAGAGGAUAAUCCAAAAGGCUGUGAUGAGUGUUUCUGUUCAGGGGUUUCCAACAGAUGUCAGAGUGCCUACUGGACAUACGGCAAGACACAAGACAUGAAUGGCUGGUACCUGACUGACAUCUCCGGCCGAAUCCGACUGGCACCCCACCUGGACAACUCUGGGUCACCUGAGCAGAUCAGCAUCAGUAACGCGGAGGCCCGGCAAGCUCUGCCUGACAACUACUACUGGAGCGCGCCGGCCGCGUAUCUGGGAAACAAACUCCCCUCAGUAGGAGGACAAUUGACCUUCACCAUCUCUUACGACCUCGAAGAGGAAGAGGGAGAUACAGAAAAUGUUCUCCAGCUGAUGAUCAUCUUAGAGGGAAAUGGUUUGAGAAUCAACACAGCCCAGGAAGAGGUGUAUCUGCAACCAUCUGAAGAAUAUAUCAAUAUCUUGUCGCUUAGAGAAGACUCAUUUACUGUACAUGGCACAAAUUUCCCAGUCAGUAGAAAAGAUUUCAUGACCCUGCUCACGGAUCUGAAGCGAGUACUCAUACAAAUCACUUACAGCUUUGGGAUGGAUGCCAUCUUCAGGUUGAGUGAUGUCAGCCUGGAGUCUGCUGUCCCCUCUCCGACGGAUGGAAGCUUGGCUACCGCUGUGGAAGUCUGCCAGUGUCCGCCAGGGUACAGUGGCUCCUCCUGCGAAAAGCAUCUCCCUGCUAAUGCUUCCUCUAAUCUCGCACCUGCCCAUAAUACCCAGUCCUGUUGGCCUAGACACAGGAGGGUUAACGGCACGAUUUUUGGCGGCAUCUGUGAACCGUGUCAAUGCUUUGGCCACGCGGAAUCCUGUGAUGACAUCACUGGAGAAUGUCUGCACUGUAAGGAUCACACAGGUGGCCCCUACUGCAACACGUGUCUUCCUGGUUUCUAUGGUGAUCCUAUGCAAGGGACCGCUGAAGAUUGCCAGCCCUGUGCCUGUCCACUCAGUGUCCUGUCCAAUAACUUUAGCCCCACCUGUCAUUUAGACCCGAGCCUCGGACUGAUCUGUGAUGAAUGCUCUGUCGGGUACACAGGACCACGCUGUGAGAGGUGUGAAGAAGGCUAUUUUGGACACCCUUCUGUGCCUGGAGGAUCAUGUCAGCCCUGUCAAUGCAAUGACAACCUUGACUUCUCCGUCCCUGGCAGCUGUAACAGCUUGUCUGGCUCCUGUCUGAUAUGUAAGCCAGGAACAACAGGCCGGCACUGCGAGCUCUGUGCGGAUGGCUAUUUCGGAGACGCUGUGGAUGCGAAGAACUGUCAGCCUUGUCGCUGUAAUGCCAAUGGCUCCUCCUCUGAGAUUUGCCACAGUCAGACGGGACAGUGUGAAUGCAGACCCAACGUGCAGGGCCGGCAGUGCGAUCAGUGCAAGCCCAACAUGUGGUGGGACCCGGCGAAGCGGCUCUGUGUGCCGUGUGACUGCAGCCCCCUGGGCUCUGUGUCACAGCAAUGUGACAGGACAGGAAGGUGCCUCUGUGCACAAGGCUUCGUAGGGAAGCGAUGCCACCUCACCAGACAGGUGCACCGACAGGAGGAGCAGCCGCGGAGAGCACAGCGGGUGUUGGGAUCUCCCCUGAGAUGGGGUUCCAGCAGCUCCAGUGGGUGCCCUCGGGGAGCCUACCGGGCCCCAGCUCUGCCUCAGACCUUUGGCUUACAAUCAGGAAGGGGCUGUGUUCCCUGCAACUGCAAUUCUUUUGGGUCCAAAUCAUUUGACUGUGACGAGAGUGGACAGUGCUGGUGCCAGCCUGGAGUCACAGGAAAGAAGUGUGACCACUGUGCUCACGGCUACUUCAACUUCCAAGAAGGGGGUUGCACAGCGUGUGACUGUUCCCAUCUGGGUAAUAACUGUGACCCCCAAACUGGGCAAUGCAUCUGCCCCCCCAAUACCGUUGGAGAGAAGUGUUCUACAUGUGCACCCAACUCCUGGGGCCACAGCAUUGUCACUGGCUGUAAGCCUUGUAACUGCAGCAUAGUGGGAUCCUUGAACUUCCAGUGCAACAUAAACACGGGCCAGUGUGACUGCCAUCCGAAAUUCUCCGGUGCAAAAUGUACAACGUGCAAGCAAGGUCACUGGAACUUUCCUCACUGCCUUCUCUGUGACUGCUUCUUGCCGGGUACAGAGGCUGCGACCUGUGACUCCGAGACUCAAAUAUGCUCAUGUAGUGAUCAAACCGGACAGUGCACUUGCAAGGCGAAUGUGGAAGGCAUCCACUGUGACAGGUGCCAAUCGGGCAAAUUCGGACUUGAGGCCAAGAACCCACAUGGCUGCAGCAGCUGCUACUGCUUCAGUGUCACCAGCCAGUGCUCUGCAGCUGAAGGACUCAUCCAUAAACAGGUGACUCUGGAGGCAGAGCAGAUCAUCCUGCCCCUGGUGGAUGAGGCACUGCAGCACACAACGACCAAAGGCAUUGCUUCUCAGCCCCCAGAGAUUGUUGCAGACAUGCACCUGGUGAGACAGGAUCUCCGCUUGGAGCCUUUUUAUUGGAAACUUCCAGAACAAUUUGAAGGAAAGAAGCUGAUGGCCUAUGGUGGCAAACUCAAGUAUACGAUCUAUUUUGAAGCACGGGAAGAGACGGGCUUGUCCACGUAUAAACCCCAAGUUAUCAUUCGAGGUGGGACUCCUUCUCACGCUAGGCUGAUCGUCAGGCAUGUGGCUGCGCCUCUCAUUGGCCAGCUGACGAGACAUGAAAUUGAAAUGACCGAGAAAGAAUGGAAAUAUUAUGGCGACGAUCCUCGAAUCAGCAGAACUGUGAGCCGCGAAGACUUCAUGGACGUACUGUACGAUAUCCACUACAUUCUCAUCAAGGCCACCUAUGGAAAUAUCAUGCGACAAAGCAGGAUUUCUGAAAUCUCAAUGGAGGUGGCUGAGCCAGGACCCGCAACAGCAGCAACUCCUCCUGCUCUGCUGAUAGAAAAGUGUGACUGUCCCCCCGGCUACUCCGGCUUGUCCUGUGAGAUGUGCUCUCCAGGAUUCUAUCGACUGCGCCCUGAGCCAGGUGGCCACAGCCCAAGACUCACCCUGGGCACAUGUGUCCCAUGUCAGUGUCAUGGGCACAGCAACCUGUGUGACCCUGAAACAUCCGUUUGCCAGGACUGUCAGCAUCACACUGCUGGUGAUUUUUGCGAGCGGUGUGCUGUGGGAUACUAUGGAACUGUCAAGGGAUUGCCAAACGACUGUCAGCAAUGUGCUUGCCCUCUGAUUUCUCCCAGCAACAACUUUAGUCCCUCUUGUGUCGCAGAAGGCCAGGAUGACCAUCGCUGCACUGCGUGCCCACGGGGAUACGAAGGCCAGUACUGUGAAAGGUGUGCUCCUGGCUACACCGGCAGUCCAAGCAGCCCUGGAGGCUCCUGCCAAGAAUGUGAGUGUGACCCCUACGGCUCGCUACCCGUGCCCUGUGACAGGGUCACGGGCCUCUGCAUGUGCCGCCCAGGAGCCACGGGCCACAAGUGUGACAGCUGCCAGCCCGGCCAUGCACGCGAAGGCGCAGAGUGUGUCUUUUGUGGAGAUGAAUGCACAGGCCUUCUUCUCGGUGACCUGGCACGCCUGCAGCAGAUGGCCAUGGGCAUCAACCUCACUGGCCCCCUGCCCGCUCCGUAUAAAGUCCUGUAUGGCCUGGAAAACACCACGCAGGAGCUGAAGCACCUGCUCUCACCUCAGCGGGCACCAGAGAGGCUCCUGCAGCUGGCGGAGGACAACCUGAGCACGCUAGUGACAGAAAUGGAUGAGCUUCUGACCAGGGCCACCAAAGUGACAGCAGAUGGCGAGCAAACGGGACAGGAUGCCGACAGGACGAACAGGAGAGCAAAGUCCUUAGGAGAACUCAUUAAGGAGCUCGCCCGGGAUGCAGAAGAUGUAAAUGAAAAAGCUGUGAAACUAAAUGAAACUCUAGGAAUUCAAGACAAGGACUUUGACAGAAAUUUGCAAGAGCUUCAGAAAGAGAUUGAUCAGAUGAUGAAUGAAUUGAGAAGAAAAAAUCUAGAUACACAAAAGGAAGUUGCAGAGGAUGAGUUAGUAGCUUCGGAGGGCCUGCUAAUGAAAGUCAACAAGCUCUUUGGAGAGCCCAGGCGCAAAAAUGAAAAAAUGGAGAAGGAACUCCAGGACAAACUAGCUGACUACAACAACAGACUUGAUGAUGCUUGGGACCUGUUGAGAAACGCCACAGAUAAAAUCAGAGAAGCAAAUCGUUUAUCGGCCGCCAACCAGAACAACAUGACUGCUCUGGAGAAAAAGAAGGAGGCUGUUGAAAGUGGAAGACGACAAAUUGAGAAUACUUUGAAAGAGGGUAAUGACAUACUUGGUGAAGCCAACCGACUUGCAUAUGAAAUCAGCUCCAUCAUAGAAUAUGUUGAAGACCUUCGGAGUAAACUGCCACCAAUGUCAAAGGAGCUUACAGAUAAAAUAGCUGAACUCUCCCAAGAAAUCAAAGACCGGAAGCUUGCUGAGAACGUGUCCCAAGCUGAGAGCCACGCAGCUCAGCUGAAUGAGUCAUCUGCUGUCCUUGACGGAAUUCUGGAGGAGGCUAAGAACAUUUCCUUCAAUGCCACUGCAGCCUUCAAUGCUUACAGCAAUAUUAAGGACUACAUUGAUGAAGCUGAGAAAGUUGCCACAGAAGCCAGAGGUCUUGCACAUGAAGCUACGAAACUGGCAACAAGUCCUCGGGGUCUGUUAAGGGAAGAUGCCAAAGGCUCUCUUCAAAAGAGCUUCCGGAUUCUUAAUGAGGCCAAGAAGUUAGCAAAUGAUGUAAAGCAAAAUGACGAGCAACUCAAUGGCUUGACAACCAGGUUAGAAGAUGCUGAGGCUAGAAAUGAUGCUCUCCUGCGAGCCUUGAAUGACACUUUAGGAAAGUUAUCAACCAUUCCAAAUGACACAGCUGCUAAACUGCAAGCUGUUAAGGACAAAGCCAGACAAGCCAACGACACAGCCAAAGCUGUACUGGCCCAGAUUAAAGACCUCCACCAGAAUCUUGAUGGCCUGAAGAAAAAUUACAAUAAACUAGCAGAGAGUGUGGCCGAAACGAAUGCGGUAGUGAAAGAUCCUUCCAAGAACAUUACAGAUGCAGAUGCCACUGUGAAGAAUCUAGAACAAGAAGCUAAUCGACUCCUAGAUCAACUCAAACCCAUCAAGGAGCUUGAAGAUAACCUAAAGAAAAACAUCUCUGAGAUAAAAGAACUCAUAAAUCAAGCCCGGAAGCAAGCCAAUUCUAUCAAAGUAUCUGUCUCUUCGGGUGGUGACUGCAUUCGAACAUACAAGCCCGAAAUCAAGAAAGGAAGCUACAAUAAUAUUAUCAUCAAUGUCAAGACAGCGGUCGCUGACAACCUCCUUUUUUAUCUUGGGAGUGCCAAAUUUACGGACUUUCUGGCUAUAGAAAUGCGGAAAGGCAAAGUAAGUUUCCUGUGGGAUGUUGGAUCUGGAGUUGGCCGAAUCGAGUAUCCUGACUUGACUAUUGAUGACACCUAUUGGUACCGUAUUGAAGCAUCGAGAACGGGGAGAAAUGGAUCCAUUUCCGUGAGAGCCCUGGAUGGACCCAAAGCCAGUAUUAUGCCCGGUACCUACCACUCAGUGUCUCCCCCGGGCUACACCAUCCUAGAUGUGGAUGCAGAUGCAAUGCUGUUUGUCGGCGGCUUGACUGGAAAAUUAAAGAAGGCCGAUGCUGUACGGGUGACUACAUUCACAGGCUGUAUGGGAGAAACGUACUUUGACAACAAACCUAUAGGUUUAUGGAAUUUCCGGGAAAUAGAAGGUGACUGCAAAGGCUGCACUGUCAGCCCUCAGGUGGAAGACAGCGAAGGGACUAUUCAAUUUGAUGGAGAAGGUUAUGCACUGGUCAGCCGCCCCAUUCGCUGGUACCCCAAUAUCUCCACUGUCAUGUUCAAGUUCCGGACGUUUUCAUCAAGCGCUCUCCUGAUGUACCUCGCCACACGAGACCUGAAAGAUUUCAUGAGUGUAGAGCUCGCUGAUGGGCACAUAAAAGUCAGCUACGAUCUCGGUUCAGGAAUGGCUUCCGUUGUCAGCAAUCAAAACCAUAAUGAUGGGAAAUGGAAAUCAUUCACCCUGUCAAGAAUUCAAAAGCAAGCCAACAUAUCAAUUGUGGAUAUUGAUACUAACGAGGAGGAGAACAUAGCAACUUCAUCUUCUGGAAACAACUUUGGUCUUGAUUUGAAAGCUGAUGACAAAAUAUAUUUCGGUGGCCUGCCAACCCUGAGAAACUUGAGUAUGAAAGCAAGGUAAAAUUUGAAUUUAUGCAUGCCGUCUCCCAGUGCAUGGGUUGGGUACGUGUGGCUUCUUAGAUAAAGCAGCAGUGCAGAGGCAGAGCAACACCCGCGCUGCUUUGCUCACGGGCACCUCAUGAGCCCAUAAAGCGCUCUGGGAGACCUCGCCCUCUGCCCUUCACGUCCAAAGCUGCUCUGCUUGCCCACCAGCGGUGUAGAUUUGUGCUGCUCAGCUAUUCAACCACUUGCACACAGCGCCCCCUGGUGACCAGCAGCGCAUACUCGAAGGGCAGCUGGCCAAUUUCACCGUCAAGGUCUAGUCCCAGCGAAGAGAACAAAGGUCUCUGGUUGAACUCCAGCCUCUGACCUCCCUAGUGCCAUUCUGUCUGCUAAACGCUCCACGUGUGCUCUCAGAUGCUUGUCACUGCCUUUUUUGCUUUUGUGGGCCUGCAAAUAUACAACAUUUAUGUGGCCUGGGCACCUCCUGUCAAAGCUGCUUAUUUAUUGCCACAUUUAUUUAGAAAUAGCUAUGGAGCCAGAUGAAAAGAUCUUCUGGAAAUAAGAAUUUAAAAGUGUGUGAAUGAAUGGGAAAGAAAUUUGUGGAAAGUCUUCCCAGCAUCUCUGGAGCUUUGAAUUCUUACAUGCAAGAAUUAGCUGCCUCUCUUAGGUGGCUGAGCCAACCCCAGAGAUGUGCAGAGUUGGCACACAGUGGAGGCUGGUGCUUCACAUUUUAGAGCCUAUCUGGGCCAAAUUUCUGAAAAGGAGGUAAUGAGAUUGAACUGAUUCAAGAAAUGUUUAAACCAAAGGCCAGAGUUUUAAUGCCCGAAACUAGAAAAUAGAACAAAAUAGGGAAAAUAGAACUAGUUGUUGUAGGAUAACAUAGUUACAAGCCACUCGUGCUAUAUUUGCUGAGUUGGUUCAAAAACCCAGGCUGGCUUCCAGUGGAAACGUCGCAGAAGACCUCUAGGAUGGCACCGUGGCAGUCUGUACUUUUGUCUGUGAGUGGUGAGAGCAGAGGCCAUGGUUCUUAGAGGAAGAAUUCUGUCGCUCUAUCAUUACUUACUUCUUGUGAUUUUCAUGAUGCGGAAGCCAGCUACAUCGUUGUGUUUUGAAAUAAGCUUUUGUGUUUCCAUGAAGCCAGGAAUUUACUGGGGUGACUUACUCUGUCUAAAAGACCUCUAAAAGAAAAAUAUGAUACAUCUGGAAGCAACUGAGUAUUACAGAUGAAAUUCACACAUUCCCUUUGCUUUGCACAAAAAGAUUAAUAAGAUCCUCAUCCUCUGGUUGGACAUGUUCUCCAUAAUUAAUAGUUGAAAGAACAGAAGAAGAACCUGGGAGAAAAGGGAGCGAUCAAAGAAAAUACAAAGUUCCACAGAGAGUGGAGUGGAGGUGGGGAUCAAAACAAAUACCUGACCUGAAAUAAAUCACGCGAUCCAUGCUGCCAGGGUCUAAUUUACUUUUCCACCUGUUUUUCCUCAUGCCAUGUGCUUUUUAUUAAGAUGAAAACAGAAACUUGGCAUCAGGGAACAAUGAGAAGAGAAUUCAUCCUUACUCUAUCGAAUACAAUAUUGGUGUUAAAUGUAGAGUUUCUACAGAUGCUUAUUAAUACCACAUGAGAAAAGAUUACAUGCUUACCCCUAAAUACCAUCACUGUUCAAGGUAGUAGCCAUCACCCUCAAAGGUUACAUCAUUUUUAAUGAAAAACCAAUAACAGUUUAUGUUCAUCUCCUCACUGGAACAAGCUAUAUGGCCAGUCAUCGUGGCCACCAAUGGCUAGUGACCACUGACGUGGGCAGUGCAGGACAGGACUCAGUCAUCACAGAGAGCUCAGCUGGACAACUCAGCAAUAGAUCCUAGAGGUGUCAUCACCACGGCACCCUACCAGCUUGUGUUGUCACUUACAGGCGCCAUGUCCUGCACUAAUGCUCACAGACUUCACAGUCUAGGUGCCUCAUUAUCACCAUGCCUGUUGCACAGAUAAGGACUCUGAGUCUUAGAGAAGUCACAUCGCUGGUGUGGUCUCACAAAAGAAGUCAGAGCAGCAUGCUUGGAAGAAAGGGCAAAGGAGCCAUCUUUAAUCCGUUAGCAGGUCUGCUCUCUUUUAAGAAGUACUUAGCAGAAAAAAACCACUCAGGUAUAAUGUGGGUGUGGAGGAGGGUCAAGGUUAGCAAAUGUAUGGGUCCCGCUUUUGGUGGUUUUGUUUUGCUAUUGUUCCAAUACAGAAUGCAAACCUUGGGUUCAAUCUAUAAAUGCAAUUUUAAAAUUUAUACUUUUAGGCUAUAUCAUCCAGAAGGAGGUUUCUUGGAUUUUGUUUCACUUCAAAGUUUUAAAAAAUUAUAUUUUAGUCCAACCACUAUGUCCAAAUACUCAAUGAAAGAAAUAUUUUUCCAAAGAAACAUGCAUUUUUUGAAAUUUGGAGCAAGAUUUUUAAAAAGCUUUCGUAACCUAGUUUGAUUAUGCUGCCUACACAAUUAUCUGGCUUUUGGUGGAAGAAAGAAAAAGAAAAGAAAAAGCAUUAUUUCAUUAUAUAAAGCAUUGACAAAUCAGUCACUCCCUGAGCCUUGUAGUGAAGUGCUAUAAAUGGAGUGAUUUUUAAAGAGAAGAAAAAUCCCAUCCAGACCCUUCACCAGGAUGCUGUUAGCACGCACCUCAUCCGAGAAGCAGGGCACUGGGCACGUGGCUUGGUGGGUGUGGGUAUGUGUGCUCCAGGACUUCAUAGGCAUCACGUGACUUUUUCCAGGGCUCAGAGACCACACUGCCACCACCCUAACAAUGUUGCUUUUGUUUUCCACUUGACUAUUCAAUAGGCCAGAAGUCAACGUGAGGAAA